CAAUGUCUCUCUAUUGUUCAAAUAAAAAAUUCAAUGUCUCCCAGUUCGCCACGUACAACCCGCUUAUCGAGGUCAAAUUGCUUGCGACACGGAGAAGAUUUCUUCUUGGCAGCUGCGAUGUCGACGAUUUCAAUCCAUCGGACUGAGCUGCUUAGAAUCACGCACAAUCGCUCGCGAAUUUCUCGGCAGCGAUAUAGGAGAACUAUUCCAGCAUGGCGGAUGAUGAUCAAUUCGAGAUCUUCUGACGCGACUAAGAAGGACGAACUCUCUGUUAAGAUUCCUCAAGUUGAUCAAUUAAGACCUGAGGGUUUGAGAUUCGACCGUUUGCAGCCUCCUCCCGAGCCUGAGCAAGAUCGAUUGGAUUUUGGUAAAUUCGUAGCACGAGAAGCCAUUCUUGAUGAAGAAUACUGGACAGCAGCGUGGCUACGUGCAGAGAGUCACUGGGAAGAUCGUGACAAUGAAAGGUAUGUUGACAACUUCAAAAGGAAAUUUGCAGAUCAGGAGUUCAAUGCAAUAAAAAGAAGAUGCAAUGGGCUCCAAAGCCAGAAAUGUUCCUGUAUCGUUGCGGUAAAGAAGGAAGAGAAGCACAUUAAACGUUCUGUAAUCAAAAGUGUGGUUGGGACGCUAGAUUUGAACAUUCGUUUUUUCUUGCAAGGAGAGACCUUUCCUGGGGAAAAGGUGAAGUCUCAAUUGUUCUGCACCAUUAACCGGGAAGGUUCAAAUAGGUAUGGUUAUAUUGCUAAUCUAUGUGUUGCCAAAUCAGCACGCCGCCAGGGUAUUGCUUGCAACAUGUUACGUUUCGCUGUCGAAUCAGCCAGAUUGAGUGGAGUUGAGCAAGUAUAUGUUCAUGUACAUCGAAACAAUUUAGUUGCUCAAGAACUAUACCAGAAGACUGGUUUCGAGGUCGUUGAAAUGGGACAGUCUCAAUCAUCAGAUGAUACAUACUUGCUCCAGUACACAAGAUGACUCACAAGAAACGAUGCGUGUUGUCUCUUUUCCCUUUCUUUACUUUUUAUUUCGGAGAAUGGGAUAAUGGAACCAAAACGCAGAAAAGUGAUUAUUAAUAUGUUUGUAUCAUGUAAUGUCUAAAAAUGGAAUGUAUGUAGUAACUCAAAAUUUCAUGUACGAUUGUUGUGGAUAAAUUUACAUUAAGCUUUGGAUUGAAACCACGAA